CGAUUACAUUAUUAUAAAUUAUAUCAUUUUAUUUUUUUAAUCUUAUGUUUAGAUAAAAUAGUAAAAUGUUUGCAUUCCAACAACUGACAAUAUUUGUAAUUGCAAUGCUUAUGAGAAUGUUUGAAGGUCUGCCACCAGUUAACCGAAUUCAUCAAGAAACAUCCAAUCCGGACAAAGUGAACGCAGUUGAAUGGGAUUAUUUUAUGCUUGUUACAGAAUGGCCGCAAUCUUCAUGCGAAUAUGUGAAUGCUACUCAUCAGCACCAUACUUGUGUCAUACCUGAUGCCGUUAACGGGUGGACAAUUCAUGGGUUAUGGCCCUCUGUUGAAAAGGGUGAGCAACCGUUUUUUUGUGAACCAUGGAAGUUUGAUGAAGACAAAGUGAAAGAUUUAGAAGGUAACCUGGAGUUGUAUUGGCCGAAUAUUUUUGUUGAAACUACCCCACAAAGUUUUUGGAAACAUGAAUAUGAGAAGCAUGGAACAUGUGCUUCAAGUGUUAAAGGUUUUGAGACAGAGCACGAUUACUUCCAAAAAGCUUUAGAAUUGAGGGAAAAGUUUGAUAUAAUGAGAGUUUUAAGCGAAAGUAAAAUUGUUCCGUCAACUGAUUCAAGCUACCAGUUUUCUGAUAUUGAGGAGGCAUUAAAAAGUGGAUAUUCUGCAAAGGUGUGUUUUGAAUGCUCUGGAAUAAAGCACUCACAACAGGUUCUCUCUGCUGGUUACGUUUGCUUGAACAAACAACUAGAACAAAUUGAUUGCGGUUACUGUGAGCAUGGAUGCAAAACAGAUGAACCUAUUUUUUAUCAUUCGAAAAGUUCUAACUUAUACGAGUCAGUUGUUGCUUAGCAUAUUUCAAUUUAUGAAUAAUAUAAUAGUAUAUAAUUAUAAUUAGAUUGCUUAAGACUUAAAUAACUAUAAUAAGAUGCAUAAAAUUUAAAUUAUAUUUUUAGCUAACGUAAAUCUUUUAACAAAUUGUUUUUUUAUUUAGAACUACUUUUUUCUAUAUAAUUUUAUUUUUAAUUGCUUUAAACGGAAUAGGUGUAAAACUAUAUUUCUAGUUAAAACUUUAGUAUUUUACUCAUGGAAAUGUGUGUUUAAACCAUAUUACUUAAAAAAGUGUGAUGUAGUAGAUAUGCAUAUGAAAAAGAAUAAGAUUGCUUUGGCAAA